AUGGCACCAGAUGGGAUCAUCAUCCCCUCUGCCCUACUGACUACAGCGAUCUACCAGGAGUUCAUGUGGGCCCUGAAAAAUGGAGACUUGGACAAAAUGAAAGACUCUGUGGCCAAGGGAGAAGAUGUCAACAGGACACUAGAAGGUGGAAGGAAGCCUCUUCAUUUUGCAGCAGGUUGUGGGCAGCUUGAAAUCCUGGAAUUUCUGCUGCUGAAAGGAGCAGAUAUCAAUACUCCAGAUAAACAUCGUAUUACUCCUCUUCUGUCUGCUGUAUAUGAAGGUCGUGUUUCCUGUGUGAAAUUGCUUCCGUCAAAGGGUGCUGAUAAGACUGUGAAAAGUCCAGAAGGACUAACCACCCUUGAAGCCACUGACAACCAGGCAAUCAAAGCUUUUCUCCAGUGAUGGGCUGAUAAUGCGGGAGGAAUGACUCUCCUGUGGCCUCCUACUGAUGCCUGUCUGUCACUAUCUGCCAGAUUCUUCAGCUAAGUACUUUAUGAGGGGUGAGGGGAGAGAUACAUGCAUAACAAAUCAGACUACUAGAAAAAAUAAAAAGAAACAAUGUUUUGGAGGAGAAGGAAGAAAACAUGGUCAGGCUUUCUAGGAUUCCUGAUCAACUUAGCCUCUUUUCCUUUGCUAAUGAACUACACAGUUUAUAACCCCAGGGAGAGCAAAGACAAAAUAUACCAGGAACAUUUGACCUUUUCAGCUCCUUAGCUAGUGUGUUAAUUAGUUUGUGUUGGAAGUCUAAUUAUACAAAGGCCUAUUCCUAGCUGCAAGCAGUAGUGGCUGCUGCAGUGUAAACUUAGUGUGCUGAGGUAAGCAAUUAGCUAUAGCCUUCUGCCUUAAGAAUGCACUCUCCUGGGGACUCCUUGGCACUGUUAAGAGUGCUGCCUGUGGUAAGUGACCAAAGUUUU